GCUGUCCAGGCGCGCGGCGGUGCUGAAUCCGCACGGGUCAGCGCCGGCGCUCGCCGCUCGACGCGAGCGCGUUCGGCAGCCGCAAUGAAUGCGAGCGCUGGGGCGGACGCGGCGGGGAGGGGCGGAGUUUGACUCCCGUCCCUUCGGCUUCGCGGACGUGAAGGAGCCGUGCAGCAGCAGCAGCGAGAAUCGUUUUGCGGGGGACCGCGGCGAGACCGCGAGGUGCGCCGCCCGCUGCCGCUUCACGCGCUCAGCGCCUGUGCGCGGCGCGUGCUGCGUGCGCGGCCGCCGAUGCGAGGCGGUGCUCGCGAUGCGUCAGUCGGCGGUGACGCGGGGAGCUGCGAGCUGCAAUGAGGCGAGAGCUCGUUCUGACCAGAUAACGCUUCCGUUACCGGCGGAGGGAGAGAGAGGGGACGAAAGGGCUGCGGAGGGAGAAGGCGAGAGCGGGAGAGAGACCCGGUGAGCCAACCGAGAAGCCAUUAAACCGCGUCCCGGCUGCUGGCGCGUUAUUAAUGAAUGGAGGCGAGCGCGGUGUGCGGCGAUCGCCGGUGGAGGCUCGCCGCUCUCUCGCACCGGCGCCGGGCGUGAGGCGAUGCGCAGAGCGGCGAGCGUAGCGGGAGAGAGCGCCGAGCAGAGAGAGAGGGGGGCGAGCCCCGCAGGCAGUCGCACGCUCCGCGCCGCCCCUCGAGCGCCCUUCUCUGCACGAGCCCCGCGGAGGCCGCCGCGAGUCACGGAGCCGCGUGACGCCUCCACUCCCGAGCCUCCAUUGCGCACCGCCGGCUCCCGACGCUCGCUGCUGCUGCUGCCCGCAGAGGCCGCCUCCCCCCUCGAGCAGACAUGGCCACGGAGGAGGUCCCGAGGGCGGCGGAGCCAGGAGUCGGCGUGAACAACUGCCCAGGGGUGGCGCGGAGACCGCCAAGAGACAGCGCGCAGGAGACGGCCCGAGCCUCGCUCAUCUUGGCGUCCGUCAAGGAGCAGGAGCUGCAGUUCGAGCGGCUGACGCGCGAGCUGGAGGCGGAGCACCACAGCGUCGCGUCGCAGCUGCAGCGCUGCCGCCUCGACUCGGAGGCCGGCAGCGCGAGCAGCGUCAGCUCUGCUGAGGAUCCUUUCCACUGGCAACCUUCAGCAGCCGCUGCGGCUGCCGCUGCGUUCCCCGUGAUCAGCCCCUCCGCGGGAGACGAGGGCGACUCGGAGCCCCCGGCGCCGCCCCCUCGGCGCGACCCGCAGUCCCUGGGCGCCCUGGGGGCAUUUCAGCACAACAGCGGCGGCAGCAGCAGCCCUGGGGGCGCGGAGGAGGGAGCCGCGUGGGUGUCGGGGGGCGGCGCCGAGCGACGGGAAAGCCCCGAGUCCCAGGAGGCGGCGACUGCGGAUGCCGGGGACGUCCCAGCGCCGCCUUCCUCCGCCUCGAGUCCCGGGAGCGGCUGGAGACUGAGCCAGGCCACGGCGUCUCCCGACGCCGCGCUCCCCGCCGGCUUCUCCGAGUUCCCGAGCAGCGCCGCGGACGCCGCGUCGACUCCGCUCUUCACCUUCUCGUCGUCGUUUGGCAGCGCCUUCCACUGCCCUCCGUCCCGUCGGGAAUCCGUGGCCGUCCCCGCAGCGCAGAAUGGCUCCCCUCUCCAGGCGCUCUCUCCGCAGGACGGGUCCCAGUCGCUCCAGCACCCCGAGUCGGCGAGCUCCGCGGCUCGGCGCUCGGCGUCGGAAGGCGGCAGCGGCGCCGGCAGCUCGGAGGAGGAAGUUUGCCCGGCGGAGGCAGUCGCUCGGGGCAAGGAGGCCUCGGACAGGGAGGAGGCGGCCCCGCCUCUCGCUCCCCACGGCUCGGCCUUCGGCAAAGGGGCGGGCGGCGGUGCGGUGCUGUCCAGGGUCCUGAGCGGCGCCGCCUCGGACUCCGGUCCCUGCGCGCAGCAGCCGGCGACUCCCGCGGCGGCGCCUCUGCCCGCGGUGAUGCCUCUCGCCCGUCCGGGGAAGCGGCCGCCUCCGAUCCCGCCUCCCCGCUCCACGCCGCCCACGGCCAAGGCGACCGCUCCCGCUCAGGCCCCGAGCCAGGUGCCACCCCAGCCGUCUGCGCCGUUGGCGCCUGUCCCAGCCACGCGUCACGCCCUGCUCGCUCAGCGCGCCGCCGGGGGCGGGAGCGCGGAGGGGGAGGCCCUGGUACCCGCGUGCGGCAGAGACGAGGAGCCGGGCCCGGGGGUUCCUGCUCAACGCGGGUUCCGCGCGGAGCACGACGAGGUCGCGUUCAGGAGCGAGGCUCUCCUCCCGAUGCAGCAGCAACAGCAGCAGCAGCAGCUGUGUGAGCACGUGGGCCCCGCGAGCGCCACGCACUACGGCCAGCAGCAGGACGCCCAGGAGCAGUAUCGAGGAAGCGAGGCCUACACGCAGCCGCACGGGGAGAUGUACUCGGAGACGCCGGGGCUGGGAUACAGCCCGCAGGGCUCGGAGAUGUUCGGGGACGAGGCCGGAGAAAGCUACCCAGAUCCGGGCACCCAGCGCUACGGCCAGGAGCGCAGCCACGCGUUCGGCCAGGAGAGGUUCUCCCACGAGGAGGCCGUGGGGGACAGCAGCCCGUACCGCGCGCCUCUCCCCGAGCAGUACACGUGGACGCUGGGGCGCAGGCGCAGGACGACCCAGGGGGCGGACGCCUACGGCAGCCACAGGGCCGGCACCGAGGCCGGCGGGGGCCCGCACGCGCAGGGGGCCCCCGCGCUCUACACGCUGACCAUGGGCCGGAAGUUCACCCGGCAGGCCGCGCUGGGAGGAGAGGCCGCAUUCGGGCACCUCGGCUCGUCCGCCGACAGCUACAUGGACGCGGGGGGCGGUGGGGACCCACGGGGGCAGGGGGCAGGGGACGCGGCGGCCAGGAGGAUGGGACACGACCUUUACGCGCACGCCGCGGACGGCGCGUACAGCCUGUACGAGCGGCGCGGAAUGCAGUUCCCGGGGCAGCUCUCGGGCUCCCGCGUCUCGUACUCGGGCCAGCUGAGCCAGGGCGGCGGAGCCGAGCCCCCUGCCUUCCUGAACCCCGCCGAGAGCCACGGCAGCGUGGGGGGACACACGACCCCGGGGUCGCAGUCGCCACCUCCGCUUCCCGCGCACGGGAGCUCCGCAUUUUACAGCAGCACGAUGCCUUUCAAGCGCAGCGGCAGCGGCAGCCAGCGCAACGCCCGCAGCUACCUCACCUACCAGCGGGGCAGCUUCAGCGCGGCGGCGGGGGGCACCUACGCCGAGGAGUACCGCCACUCGCCCAGCCACCACCUGUACGCGGACAUCGACGCGAGCCAGAAGUCGCCCAGCCGCCAGGCGUACGUCGACCUGGAGCCGUACCGGCACUCGCCCGCGCACCAGAUCUACGCGGACCCGGACUCGUACCGGCAGUCGCCCUCGUACAACGCGGAGCCGUUCCCCGACGCCUACGCGCUGCAGGCGUCGCCCGCGCUCAACCCGGAGCCCGCGGCCGCCUCGGCCGGGUACCCGGACGCCUACCGAUACUCGCCGGGGCCGCUCUCAAGGGCGGAGGCCUCCGCCUACCCGCAGGCGCCCACUCAGAGCCUGGCGCCCACUCGGCAGCCGUCUCUGGAUAGCAUCCACAAGGACCCCAGGGAGUUCGCGUGGCGGGACCCGGACCUCCCCGAGGUCAUUCAGAUGCUGCAGCACGAGUUUCCCUCCGUGCAGGCGAACGCCGCCGCGUACCUGCAGCACGUGUGCUUUGGGGAUGACUUAGUCAAGGCCCAGGUGCGUCGCCUGGGCGGGGUGCCGCUGCUCGUGGAGCUGCUGGAUCACCGCGUGGCCGAGGUUCAUCGUGGGGCCUGCGGGGCCCUGCGCAACCUCGUGUACGGCCGCGCCAACGACGACAACAAAGUGGCGGCACGCAGCUGCAUGGGCAUCCCGGCCCUGGUGCGGCUCCUGCGCAAGUCUGCCGAUCCCGAGACGCGAGAGCUCGUCACGGGGGUGCUGUGGAACCUGUCCUCGUGCGACUCGCUCAAGAUGCCCAUCAUCCAGGACGCGCUGGCGGCGCUCACACACCUCGUGCUGAUGCCACAGCUGCCGGGUUCGGGCCCCGUGCUGCACGACCUGACGGACGCGGGCCCUGCGGGACACACGCUCACCAACACCACGGGCUGCCUCCGGAACGUGAGCUCGGCGGGCGAGGACGCGCGCAAGCGAAUGCGGGAGUGCGAGGGGCUGGUGGAGGCGCUGCUCGGCAUUAUCCGCUCCGCGCUUGGCACCAGCGGCGUUAACAGCAAGGUGGUGGAGAACGCGGUGUGCGUGCUGCGCAACCUCUCGUACCGCCUGGAGGCGGAGACUCGGCAGGGCCGCCAGACGCGCGGCGAGGACGAGCGCGGCUCCACGCCGGGUGGACGCGGCGCCGCCUCCAAAGACGACUCCAGCUGCUGGGGCCGGCGGCGCAGGAAAAAACAGCCCGACGCCGAGUGGGACGGCGCGGGGCCCCUGCCGGACUCGGGGGAGCAGCCCCGUGGGGCCGAGCUUCUCUGGCACCCGAACGUGGCCAAGCCGUACCUGGCGCUGCUCGCCGAGUGCUCCAACCCCGACACCCUCGAGGGGUCGGCCGGCGCGCUGCAAAACCUGGCGGCCGGAUCCUGGAAGUGGGCAGCGUACGUGCGCGCCGCCGUGCGCAAGGAGAAGGGGCUGCCCAUCCUGGUGGAGCUGCUGCGCGUGCAGAGCGAGCGCGUCGUCUGCGCCGUGGCCACCGCCCUGCGCAACAUGGCCCUGGACGCACGCAACAAGGAGCUCAUCGGUAAGUACGCCCUGCGGGACCUGGUGCAGCGUCUGCCGAACGCCCCGGGCCCUGUGCCGGCGGGAGAGGGAGUCGGGGCCCCCAUUGCGUCGGACCCGAGUGUGGCGGCCGUGUGCUGCGCGCUGCACGAGGUGAUCAGCAAGAAUUUGGAGAACGCCAAGGCACUGUGCGACGCGGGCGGCAUCGGUCGACUGGUGGGCAUCACGCGUGGCAAGGCUGGCAGGCACUCCCCGAAGGUGGUGCGUGCGGCAGCCCAGGUGCUCAACACGCUGUGGCAGUACCGUGAGCUCCGGGGCCUCUACAAGAAGGACGGCUGGGUACAGGGCGACUUCACUCCUCCGACAUCCACCUCGGACUGGGAAAAGCACAAGUCGUCCUGCGAGACCCUCUCCUCGUCCCCGGCCAACCGUCGGCACUCCCCUCUCAGCCAAUCAGUGGGCAGCGUGGGGUCUCCGCGAGAGGUGUUCCGAGCCACGGAUGAGCGCAGGCCGCAAGCCGAGGGCGAGAAGCGGCGCAGCGUCUCCACGUCGCGCUGCCCACCCCCGGGCCGCCCCGAGCAGCCGGCCCCGCAGGAGGAGCCACGCGGAGGGCGCAGCCAGUCGGCGUCCCGCAUUCAGACCGUGGGCCCCUACCGCGCAUACUCCAUCCCCGCACCCGAGGAGGCUCCCCGGCACACGCAGUCGGCACCGGGAGAGCCGGCGGACCGAGAUCGCACGACCCCGCGCGGCCCGGGAGGCUCCCCGCAGCGCUACCACGUGACCCUGGGCGUCGCCACCGCAGCCCCCAACCCGGGCGCGGGCAGGGUGCCGCGACCCGCUACCGCCCCCGAUCACGCCGCCCGGCGCGACCUCAAGGCCAACGACAAUUACGUAGACUUCUACUCGGCGGCGCGGCCGCCCUACAGCGUCUCCUCGUACGAGACGAGCCAGCUGCACAACUCACCCGACUCGUGGGUGUGAGCGAGGAGGCCGCCGCGCCGCCACGAGCGCCACACCGCCGCCACCCGCCACGCAGAUCCCUGGCCGAGUGGGCCAUCCUGCCCUACCUCGACCCCUCCUCCCGGCGACUCUGGCGAGCGCAAACUCUCCUUCCGGAGGCCGGAGCUAUAUUUUGACGACGGCGACGACCAUGAAAGGGGUGGCCCACGCCCGCGGCGUGGCCCCGUCGACGGCGCCACCCACGCUCCUCGGCCGCCGUGCCCUGCCACGGGCGAAAUCGUGGCCGCCGGUCUCAUCGCUGUCCAAGACACGGCCCAAGUUGUUGUGCACAUUUAUUUUCCAUGCCGUGUUUAUGCAAAUCACGCGCUCCCCCGCAUGCCCCCCCACGAGUUCACACGCGCCGCCGUCUGCAUGUGCACUUUGUCAACACGGACCGCCGCCGCCGCUGCUGUUUUCGCGUUACUUGAACUGCUGAAGCCAAACACGCGCCUGUAGCCGCCACGUGGCUCCCCCAUCUCUCGCCAGGACGCGCCAAAGCCGCUCGCCUCAUCUGCAUCAUGAAUGGAUGCACGUCGGUUCAUCUGAGUCUGGAAGGGAAAGGCAGAAGCCAAUGUCCAUCGACCCUCCGUCACUCAAGCUGGUGCCCCCGUGUAUCCGUCAUAAAGGGCAGAUCUGUCGGGAGUUUAAUCCGUCAGAUGUCCAAUUGACACGGAGCUAGAAGGUGACAAUGCCGACACACGUGUGGCGCACUGUUUCAACUCGAGUUUCGCUCAAUACUGGCAUUCGAUACAGGUGGUGAUGUCACAUCGAUAAACACGGGCACUAGCUAUGAUCUUUCUACCGACACUGCACCACCCUCUCCUCGCAUCCCUCACCCCUCUCCCCCUGAACUUCCCUCCACCCUCCCACUCUCUCUCUGUCUCCCUGCUUCUAUCUCCCCUCACUUCUCUCUCGCAUGCUGUCUUGCCUCUCUGCAUCCUCACUCUUUCCCCCUGCUUAUAUCUUCUCUCGCACCUCUCUCCAUGCCUGCAUGUGCUCAAUUCCUGCAUCUCUCUCACUCUAUCUUCGCCUAACUCUCCCCCACCUCCAUCCCUCCCUGCAUCUCUACCCCUGCCUUUCUUCACGCAUCUCUCCCCUCGUCUCUCUCCCUAUGCCUCUCUGCCCCCUCCCUCAGCCUGCAUCUCUAUACUUGCCUCUCUCUCUCCCCCCCUACCUCUGUCGCUCCAUCACCCAUUCUUCCUCCCGCUGUGCACCACCCUGCCCCAAUCUCCCCGCUGCUCCGCUCCCCACCGCACUCAAGAGAUGCCGCCUCCGCCGGCUUCUGGAGCUGCUGUUCGCGGGGGCCUCCUCCGCCUCCUCCUCCUCCUCGCCGCCCGCCCUCGCACGGGUAGCCCUGAAGGGUUUGGUGCAGAACGCCGAGCGGGGUUUUUACACAAAGCAACUGGUUACCGUCACCACACGGGGCCGCUUCGGUGGGGAGGAACCCGGCAGACUCUGCCGCGAUGCCGUGGCGUGCCGCCCCUCCCCCUCCGCCAGCCGUGGUCCUGCGCUGUCGUCUUGGUGGUUUUUGUAUUCGCUUCCUCGGUGCGAGGUGUCGGGUUUGCAGGGUCCCCGCGGUUCACUCGCCCACAGCGGGUGUCCGUCUCCCCCCCCCUCUCAGCCCCCCCCCCCCCCCCCACUAGGGGGGUCAUGCCCCGACGUGACCCCGCGUGUGGUGCCGUCGUGCGGUUUUACGUGGAGUGAGUGUUGCCGAGAUGAGCUCUUGUCCGCCCAUCGUCAUUUUAAAUAAACACUACCGUGCCGUGCCGCCCCGCGCCG